ACGUGCUUCAAUAGCAAAUUCAAAACAAUCGUCCUCAUUCAGGUCUUGUCGUGGAAGCGUGCAUUAACCGAGAAAGAAAAAAGGAGAAGCGAAAACUUUGCUACUCUGACGAACCAAUCAGCGCUUGUGAAUGUCCGCGCAUGCGCACCGUAACAAUCAUCAAUGUGUAGAGAGUCUCUAAGAUCACUUUCCAAUUUUACUGCAUCUCAGUUAGGAAGUGUAAGUCGUGGUGUGUAUACGUUCGCUCCGCUCCUUUUUUUUUCUUCAAUUUAUGUGGUACGCCGGGUAUACGCGAAAUUUCGCUAUCUACCAUUGGAAUGCACGUCAAACGCUGAUUAAUCAAUGUGAAGUUUUGCUGGCAGUUGAUACGACAAAUGAUAUUGACCACUUUGUGUUCUAUGAAGUCACCACCAGGCCAGCUAUUGUUAUCUUACCUAUAAUCGUUAAAGUGUGUGAUCAUCUAGUAAGGCUUUUGUGUUAGAAGUGGAGUGGAUAGCAGUUUUAUUGGAGAUGUUGGUUUGUGACUAACGCAUCAGUAGAACUGGACAAUGGCGUUGGAAUAAAUUAGUCGAUGUCCUUCUCUCUGACUCGCGCAAUCGAUGGCGCCUCUUCGAGGGUCGCAAAAACAGUGGGUCGAUCUAAACUGCCCAACCACUUUCACUAUUCCUCAUCUCACUGCCAUAAUUGUGCUCACCUUAUAUCUCUUCCCCCAUGUUGGGAUUAUUGGCUUAUGCUCCGGGGCUUACUUUAGGAAAUAACCACUUUCCCUUAUCCGUGGACGUUCGUGACUGUUAAGGAUUACUAUCUAUACUUAUACUCAGACACCACUUGCUUCGCGUGAUUAGAGACGCCGGGCAGACUACACGGUUGGAUUGUACGGAUUUAUACACCCUCUCUGUGGAGCUUUUAGGCGGGAGUUUGUGACGCGAUAUGAUUGAGUCGGAUCCGCAAUUGGUGGUGCCUGAACAUCAUUUCCGGUGAAGUGCAUCGACGACCAUGCAGGAUCAACGGAUGACCUCCGCUGUGAUAUCGACGUUGAGUGUCGACCUGGCAGCUGAUGAACUAUCCAUGUCGGAGAUCGACUAUCCUACCGAGGAGCCGCCCGCCGCCGACCCAGACGGGGGGAUGCCCCUCGCUCAGAUGGUCCUAAUCGGAACCGUUCUCGCGCUCAUUAUUGUUACCUCUAUUUUCGGCAACAUCCUGGUGUGCGUUGCCGUGGCAACGGAGGAUAAACUCCGGAGGACGGGGAACCUUUUUAUAGUGUCUCUCGCGAUGGCAGACUUGCUGGUAUCAUUCCUUGUUAUGCCGUUCGCGAUGUUUAAUGACCUCUUAGGGUACUGGGUGUUCAGCCAUCGCUUUUGUAAUGUAUGGGUGUCGUUUGAUAUCAUGUUUAGCACGGCAUCCAUUUUGAAUCUUUGCGCCAUCAGCGUUGAUCGCUACAUCCAUAUCAAAAGACCUUUUAAAUACUACCAUUGGAUGACAAAGAGGAUCGUCAUAGCCAUGAUCUUGUUGGUAUGGGGGAUGUCGGCACUUAUUUCAUUCAUUCCUAUUCAUCUUGGUUGGCAUAAGGAUGCCUCAGAUACCAGCCCAUCACUCCACCCCUCGUCGCACCUGUUCCCUUCCCCUUCCAACCUCUCUAACCUCACACAUUCUGACAUGCAAACAUUGAGCCCUAAUUCAAUCACCGUCUCUCAUCUUCGACCCCCUGACACAGAUCCGGGGGAUGAUUACUUCGAGUGUGCGAUGAGCCUGAACGCUACCUACGCUGUCUUCUCCUCUUUAAUAAGCUUCAUCAUUCCUUGUUUAAUUAUGAUCAGUAUCUACGCGUGUAUUUUCAAGGCGGUGAGAGAGCGGAUGAGGAACGCUCGCCUCGGCCGCCUGGGGAGCAGUAAAAACCACCAUCCGGACACGCAGUAUCACUGCAACAGCCAAGCCGCCACGGAUCACAAAGCUGCCAUCACGUUAGGGAUAAUCAUGGGCGUGUUCCUCAUGUGCUGGUUACCCUUUUUCAUCUACAACAUUGUACUUCCGCUAUGCACCUCCUGCUUGUUCAGCGAGCUAGCUUUCAAGAUUCUCACCUGGUUAGGCUAUUUUAAUUCAUGCCUGAACCCGGUGAUCUACAGUAUUUUCAAUCGCGAUUUCCGCAACGCGUUCAAGAACAUUCUCUUUUAUCAGUUGACCGGGUUCCUAUGUCGGUGCUGGGGCAAACGACCCCAGAAGCGCCACCGGGGACACCGCUCCAGUAUCACGAAAAGGACCAGACCAAGUGAUAUCAACGGUCGUGUCAGGUUCGACGCACCAGCUUACGGGUUAAGAGCUCACAGAAAAACGAACAUCAGUGAUACCUCAUUGGAGACAAUACGCGAGAAAAUAUCACCAACGUGAGAAUGAAAGAUUAUUGAAAUUAUGUAUUCAUAGAAAGUUAAUAUAGGUCGAUAGGCCAACAUUAUCACAAUUUCUUUUCAUUUCUAAAAUUCAAUUCACCAACUUCGGAGUAUGUAUUUAUCAAUCAAAAGGGGUUUUCCUUUGUGAUAUGUAUAUAGGUUCGUAACUGUAAAUAUUUAAUAAAUACAUUUUGAAAGUAUAACGAGAGAAUUAUUGUUCAUAUAAUGUGUUUGAUGUUUUUUUUAUUGAUAAAUAUAUAUAUAUAUACAGUUAUAUCAGUUUUAGUUUCGAAGUUCACCAAAACUUAGUCGGUCAAGAAAUUCGAUAUCAAUUGAUCCAGUCUCCAAUGACUUAAUAAUUGCAUCAGGUCUGGUAUUGAUAGUCUGCCAAUCAUCCUUGUCUGUCUUUAUAAAGAUUGAUCCGCAAAGACAAUAUAAAUUGAAAAGGCCAUGUUUCAGAAGGUUGAGAGUACAAACGAACCAGUUUCAUACUGUUAGUUUGUAUUUCAUUUACUACCGAUCAUUCUGUUGCUGUUCCCUUGCAAUGAUCUUAUAAUUACUUCUCCAAUUUAACCCUAAAAAUCCAUAAAGUGGAACAAUGAGGCUAUUGUCCAAUGCAAACAUUUGGUUUUGAUGCAAGAUGCAUGGUAUGUUUCGAAUUUGGAUCGACAAAGGUCAUUUGUUUAAAUUUCAUCGGUCGUGACUUAUAUGUUGAAAUAACCCGCAAGUUCAACCAUUGCCCAAUAUGACAGUUAUUACACCAAAAAUUCAGUAAAAUUUAACGAAAUAAUCUGUUUCAGGUUUUGGAAAUAAUAUAUUUGAAAAUACAGCUUGGCAAAUAUAUGUAUUCGUUUUUAUAGCCACUCACUACGAUUUUUUUAUUUACACAGCUGUCAAAAAGAAGAAAACGAAUAGUCUCAGACGUUUAUAAUGGGUCAUUUAAGACAUGUUUGAUGGAAAGUUUAAACUUUCAUUUACCACACUCUGGCCCGUAUUCUGAAGUCAGGUUUAACUUAGACCAUGGUCUAACUCUUUACUAAAAGUAUGGGAAGCCAAACGUGUCAAAGUCUUGAUUGCAUUGUAUGUUUCGUAUGUUUACUGUGGUCUUUCGUGAUUUUUCAUGGUGAAGACAAUUAUGUUAUUCAUACUCCCUAGAUUAUUGAAAACGAUUUGAGAGUCAAAUGAGCUGAAAUAUUGUCUCUAAUGUUCGUGAAUUAUGUCACAAUUGUCUAUCCAUCCUUAAACCACAAAUUAAAACCUGAGUUCAAAUUUAACCCGACUUCUGAAUAUGGGCCUCUGUCUACAAAUUCGAGUCAAGUUUGAUAAAUGAUAUGACCAGUAUAAUAUUUCUACGCAAAAUUAAAUAUAUUUUUCAAUGACACAACUUUACCGGUAUUUCUUUUACUACAUCGUUUUUCCAAUGACCAUACGGUCGAAAGCAAAACUCCGGGGGAAAUAAUUAAGCAAAACUCUAACGAAAAUAUACAUAUAUUAGUCUUCUAUACUUGAUUUCGAUAUUCAUUGGUUUCUAUAGAACUGUGUCAAUUGUGAUCGUUUAUUGCAUCUUUAGGCAGAAUCUCAUUACGUUUACUACAAUGAAUUAAACAGAAUGUAGCGGGCUCCCCUAAUUAUUUUCAAAUCUUCAAAAUGCAGCGAGUUAUUAAGUAUUUUCUGUAGUAAAUGUAAGCUCAAGAAAGGUUAGGUUUUCAGACUUUUACACAUUCCCGGACUAGAGGUUGAGUAAGAAUUUACUAAAUAUAAAAAAAAGCAAUUAACCAUUUGGCGGGCGUUAAUUGACUAUGUUUUUCUACAUGUACGAUCACUUCCUGACAUUUCCUCGGACUUACGACCAACAACGUAGGAUCUUUGACGCCUUUCCCCGCGUCACGACGCUCGCUCACCGUCGCAUGCGCUGACUUGCUUCAGUCGACUCUUGUCGACAUUCCGAAAAGAACAGUGCUUAUUUACCAACCAUCAAUCGUGUAAUUAUAUAAUAUCACAAAGAAGAAGGGGUCUCGCUGUAGACAUCAGGGGGAUUUAAAAGAAUAAGGAAUGUUUUAAGGUCACACCAUAUUAAUAUCAUAUUUAUUUCAUAUUUUAGUGUUUUCCUUAGUUUGAUUUGAUUUGACAUGACUUGACAACGACUUCCGUAUUACAUUUUCAAACCUUGACACGCCUUCUAAUUGCUAACAAGGUUAUCGGACUUGUUGCAUCCACAAAGCAAUGAUUGCUCAAUUGAAACUCUCAAUAAUUAAAAAGGGAAGUCUAUUAUCUGGGUUUUUCUUUAUAGGGGUAAAUUUCAAUUACUUUAUCUAGAGUAACCAUCAAAUGCAUGAUUUUCGUUCAAGGCGUUUCUUGAGAUAAUAUGUUAUGUCACGAUGUUAGAAAUCCUCUAAUAAGAUUAUUACUAAUUCAAUAUGGGAUUUUGUAUCAUUCAUUUUUUGUAAAUGACUACGAUUACCAUCUCCUAAAUAUACACAAUGCGUUAAGGCAACAAAUAACAAGGAAUAUUACAUGUCGAAACUUCGUCAGAUUGCAUUCU